AUGGAUGCUCGUGGCGCAACGACUGGCACAGGGGCCACCCCCAUCGUGCCCCGGGACAAGUCGCAAAUGGUUUACGUCUGUGGUGAAUGCCGCAAUCCCAACCAGAUCAAGGCCGGAGGUGAUAUCAACUGCCGCAACUGCGGUCACCGCAUCCUCUACAAGCUUCGCACCGAGCGCGGUCGGUCAUUUGCUGGUUUUGGGUUUGUGUGUGUGUGGUGUUUUUCCGCGUAUCUUUUGAGUUGUUGCAACCUGCUCACCUUCCACGUACCUCUGAUCGCACCGGACCCAUCUAGCCAUCCACUUUGA